UCCCCAAAACGCUCGAACGUUUUUCAACUGUCUACUCUUCCGAUCGAUAUACAUCGAGCUCUCUCCCGCUCCCCGGAUAUUCUCAUUCCUUAGUUUUGGUUCACUUCUUCAGGGUUUCCGGUCGCCCACUGUAAGCACGCAAAGGAUUUACCAUGGCCCCCAGGAAAGGGAAGGUUCAGCAAGAGCAGGUGCAGGUCCACCUGGGCCCUCAAGUGCGCGAAGGUGAAAUUGUGUUUGGUGUGGCACACAUCUUUGCCAGCUUCAACGACACAUUCGUCCAUGUCACUGAUCUGUCCGGAAGGGAAACCAUUGCCCGAGUCACUGGUGGCAUGAAAGUCAAGGCUGACCGUGAUGAGGCUUCACCCUACGCUGCUAUGUUGGCCGCUCAGGAUGUUGCUGAGAAGUGCAAGACCCUUGGCAUCACUGCUCUCCACAUCAAGUUGCGUGCCACUGGUGGCAACAAGACCAAGACCCCUGGUCCCGGUGCCCAGUCUGCUCUGCGAGCUCUUGCUCGCUCAUCCAUGAAAAUUGGCCGUAUUGAAGAUGUUACUCCCAUUCCCUCAGACGCCACCAGGAGGAAGGGAGGACGACGUGGUCGCAGAUUGUAGGCGAUAUGUUUUGUGAAUAAAUUAAGUUUUCCCUACCUGGGAGGGCAA